UUUGCGGCGCUGGACAUGACCGAACCAGGGAGGGGGGCCAGAACACUGGCAGCCACACAAGAAACAGUGCCGAGCCGCCCCGUCACUCAAGUGGCAGCAAGGAAAAGGGUUUUUUUUUGUCCUCAACAAUGACGAUGACGACGGCGACGAUAUGGAAUGCCGCAAUUCUCGGCAGGUUUACGCGUGUAAGCCCGGGGACCCUUAUCCUGGGGCAACCGCCCCGCAUUAGUCUGGGUGGCUGCUGCGGGGCUUACGGCACGCUCCGAUGGCGACCGAUUACGCCAUUCUUAGACGACUUCGAUAAUAACAUUGGGAACGGGAACCUUAGGAUAUCAGGUCAUAUAGCUUAGAACUGGAGCUGUAACUGCAAUUGCUUUGUGUAAUAUGAAGAGCUAGAUAUUUUAUGUUGUUGGAAACUGUAAC